CACACACACACACACACAUAUACGCGAUAUAAGGGACGGCAGAGAUUUGCUGCGUUAAACAAACUCACUUGUCGCACUUUUCCACGGAUGCCAGUGCGCGGAAAGUGAAACGGAAAGUGCUACCCACCACCCCACCCGCCGGAGCAGCGCAGGAUUAGCCAGGAGCAAGGAGGAGCAGCAGCGCAACAACUUUCGCAGCAACCCGCAGAUCCACGCAGCCCCCAGCCCCCCCCCUGCAAAAUGGUCAAGCUGUUCGCGUUGAGCAUCUUCCACAAGGGCGCCAGCGAGGCGCGUCUCCUGAAGACCGCCGCCGACCUGCAGUCCUUCUCCUUUUUCCAACGUGGCACCGUCAACGAGUUCAUGACCUUCGCAUCCAAGACCAUCGUGGAGCGCACACAGCCCGCUUUGCGGCAAUCGGUGAAGCAGGACGCCUACAUGUGCCAUGUCUAUGUGCGGGCAGACAACCUGGCCGGGGUCCUAAUCGCCGACCACGAGUAUCCGCAUCGCGUGGCCCACACACUCAUCACAAAGAUCCUCGACGACUUCACGGCCAAGGUGUCGGCGGAUCAGUGGCCCAAUGGCUCGGAGGCCACCAUUUCGUUCGACCUGCUGCCGGCGUUCCUGGCGCGCUACCAGAAUCCCGUCGAGGCCGAUCCGCUGACGAAGAUGCAAAACGACCUGGACGAGACGAAGAUCAUACUGAAGAACACCAUCGAGGCGGUGCUGGAGCGGGGCGAGAAGCUGGACGACAUGGUCAGCAAGUCGGAGAAGCUGUCGCUGCAGAGCAAGGCCUUCUACAAGACGGCGAAAAAGACCAACUCGUGCUGCAGCUUCACCUAGGCACCGCCGACAGGCCACACAUCUCAUUCCUCACUCUGAUCCCCUCAAGCAACCACAGGAAACACCAGAUAAUGCAAAUCAAAGACAACACAAAAAAGGAUCAAGGAUAGAACACUCGAUAACACCAACAAACAAACAAACAAACUGCUAGGGAGCGGCGUGGCUUGGAGUUUGAUGAUUGCUUUUUAUAAAUGAAUUAGUUAAUUUUAUAUACUAUACACUAUAUACACUAUACUGUAUGAAUAGGAAGGCCAGUUGCCAGUUAUGUAAGCCCGCUAACCCAAUGUUUACUCGUCUGCGGAUCUUCGGGUCCUGUCUGUAUAUGUCUACGCUUUGGAUAUCUGGAUGUUAAUUACUACCAAUACAAAAUACGAUCUUAACCCAUGUA